UACCAUGGCGUUCUACAUCUCUGUGUGACAGGCAGGUUAGCAUCGGAAAAACACCUCCGGACUGACGCGUCUGCGCACUCUAAUCAGCUGUCAGCGACAGCGGAGUGACAAUUAAGGAUGGGGUCCCGAAUCAAGGAGAGCCCUGAGUCCACAUUUGAGGUGUAUCUGGAGGUGUCCCAUCCAGGCACACACAGCUCUGGGCCGGAGGUGCGGAGGCAGUUCCCUGAAGACUACACAGAUCAGGAAACUCUUAAGACUUUGCCCAAGUUCUGCUUCCCCCUCAACAUGGACAGCCUGACAGUCAGCCAGGUCAGCCAGAACUUCACAUUUGUGCUGACUGACAUUGAAAGCAAACAAAGAUUUGGCUUCUGUCGUCUUUCUACAGGUGCACACACCAGGUGCUACUGCAUUCUCAGUUACCUGCCUUGGUUUGAAGUCUUCUACAAGUUGCUGAAUAUCCUUGCAGAUUACACUGUCAAAGGCCAGGAAAGCAAAUGGCAGGAGCUCCUGGUGUCGCUACAUUCCCUUUCCGUCCGUGAGCCUGGUGUCCCGCUUCAUCUUGGUGUGCAUUCUUUCUUCACUGUGCCUGACGCAAGGGAGCUCCCCAGCAUACCUGAGAAUAGAAACCUAACUGAGUACUUUGUAGCAGUAGAUGUGAAUAACAUGCUUCAUCUGUACGCUAGUAUGCUUUAUGAACGUCGAAUCCUCAUCUGCUGUAGCAAACUAAGCACUUUGACUGCUUGUGUCCAUGGGUCUGCAGCCAUGUUAUAUCCAAUGCACUGGCAACAUGUUUACAUUCCUGUCCUGCCUCAGCAUCUAUUAGACUACUGCUGUGCCCCAAUGCCCUACCUCAUCGGAGUACAUUCCAGCCUGAUGGAGAAAGUUCGAGGGAUGGCUCUGGAUGAUGUAGUGGUCCUGAAUAUUGACACAAAUACACUGGAAACCCCCUAUGAUGAUCUCCAAAGCCUGCCCAAUGAUGUGGUUUCUUCUUUAAAAAGUCGUUUGAAGAAGGUUUCAACAACAACGGGGGAUGGUGUGGCCAAAGCUUUCCUCAAGAGUCAGGCAGCUCUGUUUGGCAGCUACCGAAACGCCCUGCAGAUUGAGCCGGGAGAGCCUAUAACAUUUAAUGAAGAAACCUUUAUCAACCAUCGUUCCAGUGCCAUGAGACAGUUUCUCCAAAAUGCAAUUCAGCUACAGCUCUUCAAACAGUUCAUUGAUGGUCGGUUGGACCUGCUAAACGCGGGAGAGGGUUUCAGUGACAUCUUUGAGGAGGAGAUCAGCAUGGGUGAAUACGCAG